CUCUCUCUCUCUCUCUCUCUCAUGGGUGCUUAUCGCCAUUUUGAACCAAUCUCCAAAUGUAGCACUGCGGGGAGAUCCAAUCAAACAGUGGCAGGAGACCUAGAUGGCACUCUUCUUAUUUCCAGAAGUGCUUUCCCCUACUUCAUGCUUGUUGCUUUAGAAGCUGGUAGCCUUUUAAGGGCGCUGGUUCUUCUAGCAUCAGUUCCAUUCGUGUACUUCACAUACAUUUUCGUAUCCGAAUCCAUAGCUAUCAAAACUUUCAUCUUCAUCGCCUUUUCAGGCUUGAAAAUUGGAGAUAUUGAGAUUGUUUCGAGGUCUGUUUUGCCAAAGUUUUACGCCGAGGAUGUUCACCCAGAUACUUGGAAAGUGUUCAGUUCCUUUGGAAAGAGAUAUAUAAUUACUGCAAACCCUACAAUUAUGGUGGAACACUUUGUCAAGAAAUUUCUAGGAGCUGAUAAGGUUAUUGGGACGGAGUUGGAGGUUUCGAAAUCGGGACGAGCAACGGGGUUCGUGAAGAAACCAGGUGUUCUUGUUGGAGAACAUAAAAAAGCCGCCAUUAUAAAGGAAUUUGGCACUAAUAUGCCUGAUUUAGGGCUGGGAGAUAGAGAAACCGACCAUGACUUCAUGUCCCUUUGCAAGGAAGGAUACAUGGUUCCAAGAACAAAAUGCGAGCCACUACCAAGGGACAAACUUCCUACUCCUGUAAUUUUUCACGAGGGUCGUUUAGUUCAAAGGCCAACCCCUCUUGUUGCCCUCUUAACCUUCUUGUGGAUGCCAAUAGGCAUCAUCCUCUCCCUCAUUAGGGUCUACCUCAACAUUCCAUUGCCUGAAAGAAUCGUCCGAUACACCUAUAAAAUACUCGGAAUCAAUCUUAUUGUCAAGGGUACUCCUCCUCCCCCACCCAAGGCCGGCCAUAGCGGGGUCCUCUUCAUUUGUAACCACCGGACGGUCCUAGACCCCGUUGUCACCGCCGUUGCAUUAGGAAGAAAGAUCAGUUGUGUUACUUAUAGUAUAAGCAAAUUUUCAGAAUUGAUUUCACCAAUUAAAGCCGUUGCAUUAUCAAGGGAGAGAGAAAAAGAUGCAGAAAAUAUCAAACGUUUGCUUCAAGAAGGUGAUUUAGUCAUAUGUCCUGAAGGUACUACUUGUAGAGAGCCAUUUCUGCUAAGGUUUAGUGCACUCUUUGCUGAGCUCACCGAUAGAAUUGUUCCAGUAGCGAUUAAUACCAAACAAAGCUUGUUCUAUGGAACAACAGUACGAGGUUUCAAACUAUUGGAUCCUUAUUUUGUGUUCAUGAAUCCAAGGCCUACGUACGAGAUCACCUUCUUGAAGCAAUUGCCUGCUGAGCUCACUUGCAAAGGAGGAAAAUCGGCCAUUGAAGUUGCAAAUUAUAUACAGAAGGUGCUGGCAGGGACACUAGGGUUUGAGUGCACCAAUUUGACUAGAAAGGACAAGUAUGCCAUGAUGGCUGGAACAGAUGGACGAGUUCAAACGAAGAUGCAGAACAUCCUGAUUGAGGAAAUUAAAAUGUAAAUCCCAUGAUUUUCUAUUGAUUUUCCAUAUGUUUUGAAAUUUCAAAUUGCUACAAUAAGAAAGUUGAUUGUGAGGACGAUGAUUGUUAUGUAACAUAAUAACAAUUUUGGUAUGCAUGUUGCUCUUUGAUAUAGAUAAUUAUAUUAAAUCUAAGAGCAACUUCAACCCACUCUCCAUUCCUCAUGUUUUAGCUAGUUUAGUUAGUUAAACACUAAAAAUCAUCUUCAACCCAUUCUC